AUGGGCAGCAGAUUCGAGAAGUUUUCGGAGCGGGCGCGACGCGUCCUAUCUCUGGCCCAGGAAGAAGCCCAGCGCUUCAACCACAACUAUAUCGGGACUGAGCACAUACUCCUCGGCCUUGUCCGCGAGACGGAAGGCGUGGCGGCCCGGGUGCUGUCCAGUCUCUCCGUCGACCUCUCGAAGGUGCGCUCAGCCGUCGAGUUCAUCAUCGGGCGUGGCGAGAAGCCGGCCCAGGGCGAAAUCGGCCUGACUCCCCGCGCAAAGAAGGUGGUGGAGUUGGCGGUCGAUGAAGCCCGCCGCAUGAACCACACCUACAUCGGCACUGAGCAUCUGCUCAUCGGCCUCCUACGCGAGGGCGAGGGCGUUGCCGCCGGUGUGCUGGAAAGCCUCGGCGUGACCCUCGACAAGGUCCGCACCGAGACUCACCGCAUCCUCAGCCACACCUCCGGCCAGGGCCAGCAGUCCGGCCGCACCACCACCAAGACCCCGACGCUGGACAACUUGGGGAUUGACCUGACCAACGCCGCCCGGUCCGACAAACUCGACCCGGUGGUUGGCCGCGAUCAGGAACUCCAGCGGGUGAUCCAGAUCCUCAGCCGCCGCACCAAGAACAAUCCGGUGCUGGUCGGCGAGCCCGGAGUCGGCAAGACCGCAAUUGUUGAGGCCAUGGCCCAGCGCAUUGCCAGUGGCGACGUUCCGGACACGCUGCAGAACAAGCGCUUGGUGACCUUGGACAUGGGCUCCCUCGUCGCCGGUACCAAGUACCGCGGCGAGUUCGAGGAGCGCCUCAAGAAGGUCAUUGAAGAAAUCAAGAGCUCCGGCAACUGCGUCCUGUUUAUCGACGAGAUUCAUACCCUCGUCGGGGCAGGUGCCGCCGAAGGCGCGGUGGAUGCCUCCAACAUCCUGAAGCCGUCCUUGGCUCGCGGCGAGCUGCAAUGCAUCGGCGCUACUACCUUGGACGAUUACCGCAAGUACGUGGAACGAGACCCGGCCCUUGAGCGGCGCCUCCAACCGGUGCGCGUGGAAGAACCCUCCAGCGAAGAGACCAUCGAUAUCCUGAUGGGUGUCAAGGACCGCUACGAGGAUCAUCACAACGUAACUUACACGGACGACGCCAUAAAGAGCGCCUCCAACUUGGCCGCCCGCUUCAUCGCCGACCGCUUCCUCCCCGACAAGGCCAUCGACCUGAUAGACGAAGCCGGUUCGCGGGUUCGCCUGCGCGGCAGCGUCACCCCCACCUCUGUUACCGACGCGAUGCAGGUGCUGGAGUCCGUCAGCCGCGAGAAAGACGAAGCCAUCGCCGACCAGCGCUAUGAGGCGGCUGCCGAACUGCGCGACCGGGAACUGCAACAGCGCCAGGACCUCGACGAACUACGCUCCGAGUGGCAGGAAGGCCGCGGCAAGGAGCGCACCAUGGUAACCGAGGACGACAUCGCUGAAGUCGUCAGCAUGUGGACCGGUGUGCCGGUCGCCCGGUUGGCCAAGGAAGAAACCGAGCGGCUGCUCCAGAUGGAGAACGACCUCCACAAGCGGAUCAUCGGCCAGGACGAGGCCAUCGUUAACAUCUCCAAGUCAGUGCGCCGUGCCCGUGCCGGACUCAAGGACCCACGGCGGCCCAUCGGCGUGUUCAUGUUCCUCGGCCCCACCGGUGUCGGCAAGACCGAGCUCGUCCGCGCUUUGGCCGAGUUCAUGUUCGGCGACGAAGACAACAUGAUCCGGCUGGAUAUGUCUGAGUUCCAGGAGCGGCAUACUGUCGCUCGACUCAUUGGUGCCCCUCCCGGAUACGUGGGCUACGACGAGGGAGGCCAGCUGACCGAGGGCGUGCGCCGCAAGAACUACUGCGCCGUGCUGCUGGACGAGAUCGAGAAGGCACACCCCGAGGUCUUCAACAUCCUGCUCCAGAUCUUCGACGCGGGAACACUGACGGACGCGCGGGGCCGCAAGGUCGACUUCCGUAACUCCAUCUUGGUUAUGACCAGCAACCUCGGCUCUGACCUGAUCAAACGUGAAACCUCCAUGGGCUUUGCGGUGAAAUCCGACAGCGCCCGCACCGACCAGAGCGCCUACCAGCGCAUGAAGGACAAGGUGAUGGAAGAGGUCCGCCGGUUCUUUAAGCCGGAGUUCCUCAACCGCAUCGACUCCACCGUCGUGUUCCACCAGCUCGACCGGACCGAAAUCCUGUCCAUUGUCGACCUGAUGAUGAAUCAGGUUCGGCAUGAGUUGGACGACAAGCAGGUCGGCUUGGAUCUCAGCCAGGCAGCAAAGGAAUACUUGGGUGAGAAGGGCUUCGACCCCGUGUUGGGUGCCCGUCCCCUGCGCCGCCUGAUCCAGAAUGAGGUGGAAGACCAGCUCUCCGAGGAGCUUCUCGCCGGACGCUUGGGUCCUGGAGACGUCGCCUAUGUCGAUAUCGAGGAAGGCGUAGUCAAGAUCACGGCUUUGGCGCCCGCCGACCAGGUACUGGAAGAGGAGCCAACCCCCGCCGACUAG